CAGCUGGGCUGCACCUUCGCCCGCCCGCCGACAUGUCGCUGGCCAUGGAGGAGGAGGAGUACUCGCGGCUGGUGAUGGAGUCGGAGCCCGAAUGGCUGCGGAGCGAGAUCAAGCGGCUCUUCCAGGAGCUGGGCGAGACCACCCGGGAGAAGAUCCAGGCGGCGGAGUACGGGCUCGCCGUGCUGGAGGAGAAGCAGCAGCUGAAGCAGCAGUACGAGGAGCUGGAGCUGGAGUACGAGACCAUCCGCGCCGAGAUGGAGCAGCUCAAGGAGGCUUUUGGACAGGCCCACACCAACCACAAGAAGGUAGCAGCAGAUGGAGAGAGCAGAGAGGAGACCUUGAUCCAGGAAUCAGCUACCAAAGAAGAAUACUACAUGAAGAAGGUGAUGGAGCUGCAGACAGAACUGAAGCAGAUCAGAAACGUCCUUGCCAACACGCAGUCUGAAAAUGAACGCCUUAAUUCCGUCGCACAGGAACUGAAGGAGGUCAACCAGAACGUGGAGAUCCAAAGGGCCCGUCUGCGAGAUGAUAUUAAGGAAUACAAAUUCCGAGAAGCACGCUUGCUGCAAGACUACACUGAGCUGGAAGAGGAAAACAUCUGUCUCCAGAAACAAGUGUCUGUCCUGAAGCAAAAUCAGGUGGAGUUUGAAGGCCUGAAACACGAAAUCAAAAGGCUGGAAGAGGAAACCGAGUUUCUCAACAGCCAGCUGGAGGAUGCCAUCCGCCUGAAGGAGAUCUCGGAGCGCCAGCUGGAGGAGGCCUUGGAGACGCUGAAGACAGAGCGGGAGCAGAAGAACAACCUCCGCAAGGAGCUGUCCCACUACAUGAACAUCAACGACUCCAUGUACAACAGCCACCUGAACAUCUCCUUGGAUGGGCUGAAGUUCAGCGACGAAGCCACGGAGCCCAACAACGACGAGGUGAUGAACGGGUUUGAGCAGAACUGCCUCAGCAAGCUCGGCGGCGGCGGCGGCAAGAACAGCACCUCGACCCCCAAGAAGAACGAAAGCUUCCCUCCAGCCCCCAGUCUGGUCUCAGAUCUUCUGAGUGAGUUGAACAUUUCCGAAAUCCAGAAGCUGAAGCAGCAGCUCGUGCAGAUGGAAAGAGAAAAGGUGAACUUGUUAACGACGCUGCAGGAAUCUCAGAAGCAGCUGGAAAACACACGGGGGGCCCUCUCAGAGCAGCACGAGAAGGUUGGCAGGCUCACUGAAAACCUGAACGCCAUGAAGAAGCUGCAGGCCAGCAAGGAACGUCAGUCUGCCCUCGACAACGAGAAGGACCGAGACAGCCACGAGGAUGGGGACUAUUACGAGGUCGACAUCAACGGGCCAGAGAUCCUGGAGUGCAAGUACAAGGUGGCCGUGGCAGAAACUACUGACCUAAAAGAAGAGCUCAAAAAUUUGAAGGCCAAAUACAAAGAAUGUGAGUCUAAAUAUGAGGAGGAGAAGAGUAGAUAUGAGACCGAGAACCAGGCUCUCACCGAAAAGAUCACCUCCCUGGAAAAGUCCAGUAGGCAUGACAGAGAGCAGGUGGCCAGGCUGGAGAAGGAGCUGAAGAAAGUCAGUGAUGUUGCUGGGGAAACACAGGGCAGCCUGAGCGUGGCCCAGGAUGAACUGGUCACCUUCAGUGAGGAGCUGGCCAAUUUGUACCACCACGUCUGCAUGUGCAACAACGAAACUCCGAACAGGGUGAUGCUGGACUACUACAAGGAAGGGAAAGGUGGGCGCAGCAGCCCAGAGGCCAAGGGAAGAAGGUCUCCCAUUCUUCUUUCCAAAGGGCUGUUAACUAUUGAGCUGGGAAAGGCAGAGAACGGGAGUGGUGACAGCAGCCCAUCCCCGGUGUCGUCUCUGCCGUCCCCCGUGUCCGACCCGCGGAAGGAACCCAUGAACAUUUACAACCUGAUCGCCAUCAUUCGGGACCAGAUCAAACACCUGCAGGCUGCUGUGGACAGAACCACCGAGCUGUCCAGGCAGCGUGUCGCCACUCAAGAGCUUGGGCCCGUGGUGGACAAGGACAAGGAAGCCCUCAUGGAAGAAAUCCUGAAGCUGAAGUCGCUGCUGAGCACCAAGAGGGAGCAGAUUGCGACUCUGAGAACCGUGCUGAAGGCCAACAAACAGACUGCAGAGGUAGCCCUUGCCAACUUAAAAAGCAAGUAUGAGAAUGAGAAAGCGAUGGUGACAGAGACCAUGAUGAAGCUGCGGAACGAGCUGAAGGCUCUGAAAGAAGACGCCGCCACCUUCUCCUCCCUCAGAGCAAUGUUUGCUACAAGAUGUGACGAGUACGUCACACAGCUGGACGAAAUGCAGCGGCAGCUCGCGGCCGCCGAGGACGAGAAGAAGACUCUGAACUCCUUGCUCCGGAUGGCCAUCCAGCAGAAACUGGCCUUGACCCAGCGCCUGGAGCACCUGGAGCUGGACCACGAGCAGUCCAAAAGGGUGCGCACAAAAUCUGCCUCCAAAGCCAAGGGCAGUAACCCCGGCAUGCUCAGCCCCUGCUCCCGCGCUGCCUCUGCCUAGUCAGGAGAUAUCCCAGUGCUAACAGGAGCUGUAGAGUAGUCCCUGGAGAAGGCCUUUCCAACAGUGCAACAGCAUUUCUUAGCCUUCCUCACUCUGGUUCAAAGUGGUUGGCCCAUUGCAGAGUGGAAACCACUGACCCGACCCUAACUUUUGAAAACACCUUUUCCCACAUACUACCUGAACCCUUCCCUUUCUGCCUGAAGCUAUGAAAACAAAACAAAACAAAACAAAACAAGCUUUACUUAAUAAGUGCUGCUGCAGUAAGAAACCUUACAAGUGCUGAAGAAACCUCCUUCAAAUGUAACGCUCACCGUGUUAGUGUGUGCUCUCCUAGAAAUGUCGGACGGGGGAAAUUUAUUUCAUUGCAGAUGCUCAUUUUUUUUUUACCUGAUUGUUAAACCUGUGCACUUUUGAUAAUUUUUUUUUUUCUUUAGCUUCUUUAAUUCCUUAUGUAGAAGAGUUUAUAUAAAUGCAGUGGUUUGUGCUCAUAGUCUCUCUCUCUCCAAUUUGGAACUUGUGAUUUAUGAAUUAUAUAUCAGCAUGUGGCAGAGAUUUUUGGGGGGGCUCUAGAUUGUGAUUAGAAAAGAGUUUCAACAAAAAAAAAAACAGGAGCUCUGCUAAACUAUGUGCUGUGCUUCAGCAUCUUUUUUUAUUAUUAUAAAAUGUUAAGCUUUAUAUGUUUAAAUUACUGAUUUUUUUUUUAACUGCCAUGUUCAUUAAGAAAUCCAGGGUAUUCAAAUUCUGGGGUUUUUUUCAUAUUGUAUUAUUAUUCUUAGGAAUAGUUCAAUGUAACAAGAAGAAAACUUGACUUUGCUCUGGUUAAAACAGUAAUAGGCACUUGAAAAAUAUUAAAUAAGUAGUAUUACCUAUAAAUUCCAGAAUUCCUGGGUUUUAGGAAGCCGAAGUAUUAUUGAUUAACAGAAUUUUAUACAACUAUACCAGUGAAAUUCCAAAUUGGAAUUGUUUUGUUACUUUUUCAUUUUAUUGUGCCAAAUUGUGGUACAUUUAGAGAGAAAAAUUCUAAAGUGGUCAAUGAUAGGGUGUUAUCUAUCAGCGCCUUUCUGUCACUCAUUAUUGCCAGUAGUGCCUUUGAUCAUUUGAAGGGAGACUCUUAGAGUAGCGUUUAGGCCAAGUCCUGUCACUUAGGAGGAACGAAACGGCUGGGUUUUUUUGGGAUUUGUUCAAAGAUGUGGAGCAAUAAGUGCAAAGUGACCUCCCCUUUCGCACAUUUUUAACGGUAGUCGUGCUUAGAGAGAUUAUAUAUUCAAGGAAUUGUAAAAAAUUCUGUUAGUCAAUGAUAUUUCAUCGUGCAAAUUCAGGGGUGUAGAGAAAGCAAACAAAACAAGCAAGCAAACAAACAAACAAACAAAAAAAAACAAAACCACGAAGCUAAAGGAG